CUGCUCUACCUCGUGGACACUCUUUACGGACUGCACAGACGACACACACAGCACCAGCGUUGAGCUUGAGAGACAGGGGGAGUCAGAGUCAAGUAGACGAGUAUUGGUCAUACCUUUCAGCAUAAUUCAAUAGUAUCUGUUCAAAUAACAGGAAUACACGGAGUGAUGCUGGUCUUUGCAUAACUACCACAGUUGUUCGCUGCUUUUGUUGUUACUGGUAGUAGACGGAAGGAGUGUUACACAGUCCAAUACGGCUUCUGUUAUGGAGUCUAAUGCCACUCAGCUGCCUGGGGGACGCGACUCCAGUUGCUCUCCACCAAGCUCCAAACAAGACCUACCAACAUUCAACCCCAAUCUGAAACCCAACCAGGUCAGCGAGACUGCCCUGUAUGGAAUACCCAUUGUCUGCCUGGUGAUAGAUGGCCAAGAGAGACUGUGCCUAGCACAGAUCUCAAAUACACUGCUGAAGAACUAUAGCUACAACGAGAUUCACAACCGUCGCGUGGCGCUUGGCAUCACCUGCGUGCAGUGCACCCCAGUCCAGCUGGAGAUUCUGAGGCGCGCGGGCGCGAUGCCCAUCUCCUCGAGGCGGUGUGGGAUGAUCACAAAGCGGGAGGCAGAGAGGCUAUGUAAAUCCUUUCUCGGAGCUCACAACCCUCCUAAACUACCAGAAAACUUCUCCUUCGAUGUGUCACAUGAGUGUGCUUGGGGGAGCCGUGGUAACUUCAUACCAGCAAGAUACAACAGCUCACGAGCCAAGUGCAUCAAAUGCGCCUAUUGCAAUAUGUAUUUUUCUCCAAAUAAGUUCAUAUUCCACUCUCACCGCACACCGGAAUCCAAGUACACCCAGCCCGACGCUGCUAACUUUAAUUCCUGGAGAAGACAUCUGAAACUUACAGACAAGGGUUCACCGGAGGAUGUGGCUCAUGCGUGGGAGGACGUGAAGGCCAUGUUUAAUGGUGGCAGCCGAAAGCGGACGCUGCCCAUGCACGGUCACGGGACCGAGCGCUCCUCUCCGUUGAAGCCACACCAAGGACCUACCAAUCCCCCCCGGAGAGACUCGCCAGAUAUACCCGCUAAAAUACUCCGCUGCGAAGACAACAGGGGAGGAAUGGGGAGCACGACGAGCAGCACGCGCAGCUACCCCAUCAUCCCGGUGCCCAGCAAGAGCUUCGGGAUGUUGCAGAACGUGAAGAUUCCUCCGCCGCUCUUCCCCCAUCCUUACGGGUUCCCGGCCUUCGGGUUGUGUCAGAAGAAGGAUGGCGGUUCUUUAAUGGCUGGAGAACCAAAUAAAGCCAAUCUCUCCGGGGUCUUCUCUUGGCAUGGCACCAAGGACAGCGCCUACCACUCUUUUCCCAUGUUUUGGCCAACCACAGGAGGCCUUCCAAUGCCAUCCUACCCCCACCCCCGGCCCCAGCCCAAACCACCCACAGAACUCCUGUGCGUCAGGCAGAGUGAGCUGGACGCAGGCGAGCAGAGCGACCGAAGAAGCAACACGCCGAAGGACAGUCCGAUGGACAGCGAACGUUGCUCCAGCACCCAGUCUGCACGGAAUGAGAACGACAAAUCCGGGGAUGAGGCAAGGUCGAUGGAAGGUAUAAUGCCCGUUCUACCAAGGAAAAAUAGCUACGUCUCAGCUUUUAGGCCGGUCAUCAAAGACGCGGAGAGUAUAGCUAAACUUUACUGUAACCAUGCGACAUACGGCGGGCCUCGAGCUGGGUAUCUGUCACCUGACUUUCUGAGCGAGAGCUCGAGCUACAGGUCAAUGUCGCCAGGCAGCGUGGACAGCGUGGGCGAGCCGGAUGUGGACGUGGAGACCAAUAAGUCUCAGGAAGACGAGGAGUCCCUUUCGCACUCGGUGGAUGACAGCAGGAGUCCCCCUGGCCCUGUUCUAAACCUGACGCGGGUUGCAGGUUCACCCAUCGGCCAAGUAUCUAAACCUGAGACAGACCAGGCCCCUGUGGUUCAUACCUCUCAGAGAAUGAACUCCCCUCUACAUGUGGUUUUGUCUUCAGAUAGAGAGAGGCAGAGCAAUACUAUCACACCUUUUGAUGAAGUAUAUUCACCGGAUAGGAGUGACAUGCAACAAAAGAGCAGUCCAUAUGCUUUUGGUUCAGCAACGAUUUACAAGACUGAAACUGUGGAAUCGAAAGAUGACAGUUCACGUAGAGAGGAGCCAUCUUCAACAGUGGAGGAAGUUGAAACGAAAUCUUAUAACGGUCAAAGCAGUGAGGAGAGCGCGAGAGAUGAACCAGAUGAGGGAGAGGAGUCAACGCACAAUGUUAGCGGGGCCUCACAGAUAGAUAUAGAAAAACUGGCAAAAGAGGAAUUGCAGAAACAGCUCGUUGAGCAAGUGGAGAUCAGAAAGAAACUGGAACGAGAAUUCCUACAUUUAAAAAAUAAUUUCCAAGAUCAGAUGAAAAGGGAGCUGUCGUACAGAGAAGAGAUGGUCCAGCAGCUCCAUAUUGUCAGAGAAGCUCACGACGCACUACACCAUUUCUCCUGUAAGAUGCUGACUCCUCGUCACUGUGUUGGAACCUGCUCCUUCAAACCACCACUACUUCCACCCUGAGGGCUGAUCACGACCACUCUUGCUGUAUAUAUUACAUCAGAUUAUAUACAGAGGUACCUGAUCCAGGAUCAGUUCGACCUUAUAGAUUAUAAAACAUCAUAUUAUGUACAUCAGAUUAUAUAGACAGAGGUACCUGAUCCAGGAUCAGUUCGACCUUGUAGAUUAUAAAACAUCAUAUUAUGUACAUCAGAUUAUAUAGACAAAGGUACCUGAUCCAGGAUCAGUUUGACCUUAUAGAUUAUAAUACAUUAUAUAGAGGGGGACUUGGUCCAUAGAUCCGUAUAGAUAAUCACAGAGCUUUUCUACAAACUUUACAAAAAGGUUUUCAAGAAAAUCGGGGUAGGAAGUUUCAAAACUUCUAACUAAUUUCCAUAACGUAGUUGCUUCUGAGAAAGGAGCUCACAGGAAUCCAAAUAAAUAAAAACACACCUUCUACAUUUCUGGAUAACCUGGGAAUAUUGGGAAAUACCAAAAUAUGCUUCCCUAUUCCAAGUAAUGAUCUAUGAUCAGUUUAGCAUUUUAGAUGAAUAACACAUACGAUUAAAUACGGGAACCGGGCUGGCCGACAUCGUAAUACCAGAAGGAAAGUUAAAGGAAGUGUGUCCUCAGACUGUAUAAAGUCAUACUCUAAAAGACCACAAAAACAUUUUAUUUGACCAUUACUUUUAUA